ACCACUUGUUGUUGUUGCAGCACCUGAUUUUCAUGGGACGAUUACCCUGUUGCGAGAAAUCACAUACCAACAAAGGCGCAUGGACCAAGGAAGAAGACGACCGCCUCAUUCAUUAUAUCCGUGUCCAUGGCGAAGGUUCUUGGCGUUCCCUCCCCAAAGCUGCUGGGCUGCUUAGGUGUGGUAAAAGUUGCAGGUUAAGAUGGGUGAACUACUUGAGACCUGAUCUUAAGAGAGGAAAUUUCAGUGAAGAUGAAGAUCAACUUAUCAUCAAGCUUCACAGUUCACUUGGAAACAAAUGGUCUUUGAUUUCCCGAAGAUUGCCGGGAAGAACAGAUAACGAGAUCAAGAACUACUGGAACACACACAUCAAAAGAAAGCUUUUGAGUGAAGGAAUCGAUCCCCAAACGCAUCGUCCUCUCAACGAAACCUCCAAUAAAAACAGCACCGCUAAAGCCAAACCCACCACACCCACCGAAUUGGAUUUUAGAAACGCGCCCACGGUUCCCAAAACCAUUUCCGUUACAGCCCCGCCUCUGGUUUUCAAUUACGGUGAGUGUCGAGUGAAGGUCAAGUCCGAGUCCAACUGUACUCGCAGUGGCGUGAGUACAGAUGAAGAAGAACAACACGAGUUAAAUUUGGAGCUCUCGAUUGGGAACUCGGCCAGCUCAGCCGAGUCCAAACGGAAAGUGGAUAGCUACUACGAGUUCCGGUUCGCCGGAGAAGCUACGGUGGUGGCAAAGCCUGGGGCGGUCUGUUUGUGUUGGCAAUUAGGUUUUCAAAGAAGUGAAAUUUGUAGGAACUGUGAAAAUACAAAUGGGUUGUCUAGAUAUUCUAAUUCUCUAGAGCUUUGAGUUCGUAAGGGUCAAUUUUGUUAAAUUAUUACCAUCUCAUCUUUUUCCUUUUGUAAUUCAAAACUAUGUAUAACGAAGCAAACUUAAAUUCUUUAA